AUGUUCAGCCCCGGCGAUAGCGGACCUCCGCCUCUUGUCGACGCGAACCCACCACCAUUCAUCCCGCCGCCUUUCGGAGCGAGCAACGGCGGGCAGCCAGGGUUCUUUGACGCGUUUCCUGGUGCGAGAGGGGGUGGAGGAGGAGGAGAUACUAGUAAUGACUGGAUACCCGGCAGAGGAACACCGUAUCCGACACAACGACCGCCGCCCUCAGCAAUAUCAUGGGGCGCCGCAACCCCAGCCAUGGGUCCUAACGCGUCCUCACCGUGGACGUAUGGCAACUACGUCCCAGCCUCUGCACCAGCCUGGCCUCCUCCUGGUGCAACGACACCCGUCUGGGGUAACCCCAUGACACCAACCACACCCUGGGGCGCAACACCCGCACCGACGUGGGGUGCAUCGCCUGGUGCAACGUCGUGGGGUGUGCCUGCUACACCGGCAAACUAUCCGCCGUGGAGCGCCCCGCCUGUGCAAGUGCAAGCACCACAGCCGCGCGGAGGUGGAGGUGGAGGGUGGUUUGGUGGUCCGAGCGCACCUGGGACGCCGUAUGACUCUGACCAGCCGAUUACGGCCGGGUGGUUCGGGGCUGGUGCUGGUGCUGGUGCUGUUGGAGGUGGUGGAGGUGGAGGUGGAGGUGGAGAAGGAGUUUGGGGAGAGCAGAGAGGUUGGGGUGACAAUUGGGCUGGAGGAUGGGGGCGGCAAUCGCAUACACCUGGACCUGAGCUGGAGAGGAAGCGAAGCGGACGGAGUCGCCACAGAAGUCACUCGCAAAGCGCGAUGAAGCGCUCCAACUCGAUGGGUGCGGACGACGGGCGGGUGCAACGGUCGACAUCGUGGGGAGGGGCGAAUGCAUGGGGUCGUUGGAACGAUACUGGAAAUGGGUGGGGAAGUACCACGGCGACGUGGGGUUCGCAGCCGGCUUGGGCUGGAGGAGAGUCGCGGUACCCGCAAUCUGCGUUCCCAGGAUACGCUCAGGGCGAUUUGUUCGAUGAGCGAAAUUUGGCCAGGCGGCCAAGGGACUGGCGGGCGGACUACAACCCACGGGGUAUUGCGCUGGCGACGUACCUACCCAGAGUGGGCAGGAAUCGGUCUGAUGUCAAAGAAUGGGCCGACGUAACGCGACGCGCCCUACACCCGCUUCUACACUUCCAGCCCUCCGCCCCUCCCGUCUUCUUCGACCUCCGCCCGCCCACCCUCGCACCAACCUCCAUCGCCUUCCUCAAUCUCCCUCGCCAACCGAACAACAUCGACUUUGCCCAGCUCGCCUUCCAGCCCUCUGCACCCUUCGCCCGCUUAUACCACCCCAAACUCCCCUGGUACGUCGACGUCCACCAAAACCACCCGAGCGGCAUCACCGUCUGGGACGUCCUCGAGCAGCUGCACGCGCAGUUGCAGACACCCAUACACCCGCGGCAUUUUUGGAACGAGGAGCUGGGCGAGCAGGAGCGGCUGGCGAUUACGCUGGCGUUCCAGGCGAGGUGUGGGCAGGACAGGACGUUGGUGGGUCGGGGUGUCGUUCAGCUGGAUUUCUUGGGGAAGAAGGUUGUGUUUGAGGGAUUGGCAAGGGGUCCGAAGGGGCUUUGGGAGAUCAAGGCGACGAGGGGGGAGUGA